AGGGCUGUAGGACCUGUUCUGUGACAUCACUUUCCUCCCCAAAGCAUGUGACCAUGUGAUCACUGCAGUCAAACAGAUUGAGCAAACUUGUGACCAGAACAACAGCAGCAGGAGGAGCAGAGGCAGCUCGGGUUUCCACCAGAUAGAAAGUGAACUGCAGCGAUUCCACAGCUUUUAUCCCUUCGUCAUCCCUCCAUCUUCCGUACAGACAACAUGGACUGCGGAAUUAUCACAUCCAAAACCGUGCUGCUCUUCCUCAGUUUGAUAUUCUGGGCUGCAGGAGCGAUGCUGGCCUACGUCGGCGCUCACGUGAUCCAAAGCUAUGACACUUUCGGCAAUUUCAUCCAAGACAAGUACACUCUUGUCCCAGCAGUCAUCAUUAUCGGCAUCAGCGUGGUGAUGUUCAUUUUCGGUCUGGUGGGUUGCUGCUCCACGCUCCGGGAGUCUAAAGUGGGCCUCAGCUUUUUUUUUGUGAUCAUCAUGCUGAUCUUUGCCGCUGAAGUCGCUGCGUUGGUUUUCAGCUUCAUCUACCGAGGAAAGGUAACCGAUGACCUGGAGCGCUCCAUGACCACAGUCUUCUCAAACUACGGUGGACAGGAGACGCAGGCUGAUACUUCAGCUGUGGACUUCCUUCAGAGGGAGUUGCAGUGCUGUGGUAUUCACAAUUACACCAGCUGGUCCAACACGACCUGGUCUAUCAGAAAUAACAACACAGUGCCUCACUCAUGCUGUAAAAACAACAGCGCGCAGUGCACCGGAAGACUCGAUCAACCAGACCUGCUGAAUGUACAGGGUUGUGAGCCAAAGCUGGAGAGCCUCCUUAAGGAUGCUCUGGGUUACGCUAUGCUGGUCAUUCUGGGCUUUGCCAUUGUCAAGUUCUUCGGGAUGCUGAGCGUAUGUGUGAUCACCUGCAGAACUGGCAGCCGGAGGAGUGGCUACCAGCCUCUUUAUGCCUGAACCAGCUGCCACCUCCACUUUUUUGCACCAUUAGGUUUGCUGAUGAAGCUCUAUUUAAAAAAAAAAAAAAAAAAAAAAAAAAAAAAAGCC